GAUAGAAUUCAGUAUAGAGCAGCUUAAUUGUGAGUGGACAAGGGACAAGUGCAAUCAAAGUCACCCCGUGCUCAGGUUGGAGGUCUCUAGGGGUCAGGAAUUAGAAAUGGUUGGUAAAUCUCUAACCAGGUGGCUUAGGUUGGUCCAUUGCUUUAUGAGGUUUAGAACUGAUGCAUUGAGAAAUCUGGUUGUAACAUUUGUGGGUAUUCUGAAUGGCAACAGGUGUCUCGCUGGCCUAGUUUUUAGCAGAGUUUUUACAUAUGUCAAAAAUAUGGUACAUGUACUCGUAUUUAGCUACUUUUUUCUUUUCUUCAUUCACUAAGGGUCUAUUUAUUGUUCUGUUAUUGAAAUAAUAUAAGGCCAAUACUUGGGUGAUAAAUU